GGUGCGGAGAGGCGGCUGGGUGCCUUGACGGCCUUUGAAACCACUCGUACUCUUGAACUCUGUUCCCUGUUUCCUCACAACUUUUCUCUUUCCUCCCCAACACACACUAUCUUUGUUUGAACUUGCGUUUUGUUAGCCGCGUAAUGGCUGCAGCAUUCACCACCGAAGAGGGCUGGCACACAACCGACGACGGCGUGAAGCUGUACACCAAGACUUGGAAGCCAACCAGCGAGGUCAAAGCCCGUGUUGUUUUCAUUCACGGUUUUAGCGACCACUGCAAUGCCUACGGUCCGCUGUUCCCCGUCCUCGCUUCCUAUGGAAUCAUAACCUACACCUUCGACCAGCGCGGCUGGGGGCGUUCCGUCCAGCGCCCGCGCGAUCGCGGCCUGACCGGCCCAACCAAGCGUGUCCUCGCCGAUAUCACGUCGUUCAUGAAGGCGCUGCCGCCCGGGAGCGGCGUCCCGCUCUUCUUGAUGGGCCACUCCAUGGGCGGCGCUGAGAUCCUGCACUACGCUGUCGCGGGCGACAAUGAAGUGCGGUCCCAGAUCCGCGGCUACAUUGCCGAGGCUCCCUUCGUGGCUGUGGCGAAGGCAUCGCGCCCCUCUAAGGGCGUCGUCAUUGCGGGGCGCAUGGCGGCGCGCGUGGCGCCACAUCGCCAAAUGGUCCAGCGGUUAGAUCCGAAAUUGUUGAGCAGAGACCCUGAGGUCCAGAAGCAGUUCGAGCAGGAUGAGCUGUGCCAUGAUACCGGAACUCUCGAGGGCCUGAGUGCCAUGCUGGAUCGGGCAGCGAGUUUGGAGGUUGAGGCUGUGCGGUUGGAGGAGGGUAUGGGUGAAGGAGGAAAGACGAGGGUUUGGGUGGGACAUGGAACUGAAGAUGGAGUCUGCGAUUGUGAGCCGACGAGAAAAGUAAUGGAAGGGUGGAAGGUUUCCGACAAGACCUUCAAGGAAUACGUUGGGUGGUACCAUAAGCUGCAUAUGGAGCCAGGAGAUGAUAAGAAGAUAUUUGCGAACGACGUCGCCCAAUGGAUAUUAUCGAGAUCUGGUCCGGCAGAUGGGAGCGCUGAGGGGCGCACUGGGUCGAGGCUUUGAGCAAAUGGUAAUGAGAGCGACAUUGCAUUCUCGAGAGACAACGGUCGGAUAAAUUUGGUAAUUGAGGCAAGACUAGUAGCUUAAUGAGAAGAUAUAUCCCCG